AUGCGUGGAAUACCCAGUACGCAGACCGUCGCAGAGAUCGUGAAUCCGGGUCCGAACGCGCGGAUGGCGAUUCGGCACGACGCUCCCGUAGGAAUCCCUGGGCCUGAUGAGGUACUCCUCAAGCUCGAGUGCACUGGCGUCUGCCACUCUGACAUCCGUGCAUACCUUGGCUGGGGCCCUUACAACGCGAUAGUGGGCCACGAGGGCGUUGGCGUCGUCGUCGCCCCUCCCAACCACGAACUGUUGGGCGCCCGUGUUGGUAUCAAAUGGUUGCACAACGCGUGCGGCCAUUGCAGCCUGUGUAGGAAGGGGCGGCCGAACAACUGCGCAGCUCAGACCAACACGGGCAAACACGUGCCAGGUACGCUGGCGCAGUAUGUCGUUGCAACGGCAGCCCACGUCUCGCGCAUCCCAGAGGGACUGAGGAGCGACGUCGCUGCGCCCCUCCUCUGUGCUGGGCUUACUAUGGCCGGUGCCCUCAACCCACUCAAGGAGCUCGAGCGGGGCGACUGGGUGGUUAUAUCAGGCUCGGGAGGUGGGUUGGGACACGUGGGCGUGCAGCUGGCCGCUGCGAAGGGCCUGCGCGUUAUCGCAGUCGAUGAGGGUGAGAGCAAGAAGGAGCUCAGUCUCAAGUCUGGCGCGGAAGUGUUCCUGGAUUACAAGACACAAGAUGUUGCGGAAGAGGUUAAAAGGAUCACAAGAGAGGGUGCUCACGCCGCUAUCGUCGUACCCGGCGAGGCGGCUGCUUUCCAGGCUGCACCGUCGCUAGUGCGGAACGGUGGGGUGAUCGUGUGCGUCGGUCUUCCACCUAAUGACUUUACGCUGCCCAUUGGCGCAAGCAUCCUAUCCGCCCGGGGGUUGACAGUAACUGGCGUCUCCGUCGGUACCGAGAGGGAGAUGGACGAGCUGCUAGACCUCGCGGCGCAGGGUGGAGUGACUGCGCGCGUUGAGGUGGUCGAUUUUGAACAUAUCGGGGAGGUCAUGGAGCGUCUCAAGAAUGACCAGAUCACUGGGCGAGUGGUGGUCAGACUGCCUCAGUAA